AUGACCCGAAUUUCGAACGUUCUCCAAGAGCAGUAUCAAAAGCUGCGUCUUUCACCAACAAAAAUCGAAAAGUGGGAACAUGGUCUGCGAACCGACCCGUCAAAGUCGGGCGUGUUCGAAUGGUGGUAUUUUGACUCCCACUUGACCAACGGCGCAAAGCUGAUGGUCGUCUUCCACACCAAACUCUUUGCGAGCCCCAAUACCGGCUUGGACCCCAAAAUCCAAGUACAGCUCGACACACCCGACGGACGCUCGUGGGCCAUCACCAAGACCUACCCCGCGAGUAGCUUCAAUGCGAGCAGGGAAGAAUGUAACGUCACAGUAAACGGGGAGAAAGACGGUCAGAUCAACUUCUUUCGCGGCAGCGAUUUGAACGCAUUUCAAAUUCACGUCGUCGUCGAUGACUUGACCAUUGACGUACAGCUUAUCAGCACGACUUCACCCUGGCGGCCCGGGACCGGACACGUGUACUACGACGAAGACGAGUACUUUGCCUGGCUGGUUGCGGUUCCUCAAGGCAAGGUCACUGCGACAUACCGAAUCGACGGCGAAGAGCCGGUGACGGCAGAGGGCGACGGGUACCAUGACAGGAACUGGGGCAACGUGUCGCUGGCAAAGGUUAUCAACCAUUGGUACUGGGGACGGGGCACUGUGGGACCGUAUACCGUCAUCUCUUCCGCGACGAUCAGUUCCGACAAACUUGCGUAUGCGAUGGGGAUUUCCUUCAUGAUCCAAAAGAACGAUACUAUCGCGGCCGAAGACGCGGGAAAAGUGGUGUUCACGGCGACGGACGUCGGGAUUGACGAGCAAACUGGCCGCUCCGUUGCUGGUAGGCUGCAUUUCGAGUACCGUGAUAACGGACUGGUCUACACGCUUGAAUAUGUCAAGGACGAGUUUACCUCGCGACAGAAGAUGGGUGAUGGGUGGUAUUUGCGCUUUGCUGGCACUCUGAGGUUCAAAAAGUAUGAGAGUGGCAAGGUGGUAGAGGAGCAUGAGAGCCGCACGCAGUGGGAUUCAAUGUGGUUUGGCCAAGCUCACAGAGAUGCACUCAUGUAUCAGAAAUGA